AUGUUUCGUUGCGUUGUUUGUCCAUUGCAAGCUCCGACGUAUGAAACAGUGGAAGAACUGGAAAUACACAUUGCUGCAGAUCAUAUCAGUCAUAUACCGUAUGAAUGCGAACGGUGUCGUUUUUCAAAAUUUCCAACUGAAUUCGCUUUAAUCAGUCAUUAUACCACAGAUCAUGGAUUAAAAGAAUUUUAUGUAAAGUAUAAGGUCACGCCAGAUUUUCAUCGUAAGCGUGAGAAAGUCAGGGAAAUGUUACAUCAUUCUGUUGCGGUAUCAAAAAUUCCGUUUGGAGCAUACAAGCGAAGAAAAAUAACCGACUAUCCCUUAUUACUCAGUUCCGGUGAACUGUGUGCUGCCUCGGUAGAUUCCGAUGAGUUGACUCGUAUGACUGAAACCGAAAAAGAAGCAAAAGUCGAAAGUGCUAAAGGUAGCGAAGUAGAACCAGAAGAUAGUGCUUUGGAAAAGGAAUCAGAUUCACAGUCGAAUACAUUCUCAGGUGCUGUGUUACAACAUGAUCCGGAUCAAGUGAAUAUUGUGAGCAUUUUGGGUGAUUUAUACCGAAACGAAGCUGGCAGCAGUGCUAAUGUAGCUGUAAUCGGGUGUGAGCCAACCGAUAUCGUUGAUCCAUCAAAUAACUUAACAGCUAAUAGCGACAUGUUGUCGCAGCAAACAAAGAAACGAUCACGGCCACCUCGAAUUUGUAAUAUCUGCGGUCUUCAAGUUACUGGUCAACGUUCAUCACUUAUCUAUCAUGCUAAUUCCAAGCACGUACGCCUCCCAAUGUUCUUUUGUCGUGAAUGUAAAAAAACAUGGACAACAAUUACCAAAUCGGAUGUAAUUAAGCAUGUCAAAGCAUGCCAUGAUGGCGAUGAAAGUCUUAUAGAGGAUCACCGUAUGCAAUACGCUAACGAUUUGCAUCAUAUUACCGAUAAAUGUUUCCCACGUAAAAGUCGAGGUAAUUGUGCGGACGAUGAAAUGGAAAGUUUGAUCAAUCCAGAAUUAUGGGUUAAAAAUGAAGAAAGGGGUAGUUUUGUUAGCAUUUGA